AAACAUCCCAGGUUCAGGCAAGCCAAUUUUCUUGCCUCCUCAAUUUCGCACAGUUUUCGUACUGGAAAUUGUGCUAGCUGACGAUUUCUUCUUAGUAUUGUCAAUCAAAUCAACCUUAAACGCCUGUACCGUUUUGUCACUUAUAUAAAGGGGUCGUCGAGGACUGAGAAAAUGGAGAAGAUUGUGAAACUGGCAUCAGAAAAUGGAAUCUUGAUCAUGAGCAAGAGCAGUUGCUGCCUGUGCUACGCGGUGCAGAUGCUAUUCCAAGAUCUGGGGGUACACCCUUUGAUCUACGAAAUAGACCAUGAUCCUGAGGAGAAGGAAAUUGAGAAGGCCCUGGUGAGGAUGGGGUGCAGUGGACCAGUGCCGGCGGUGUUCAUCGGGGGGAAGCUGGUGGGGUCGACCAAUGAGGUGAUGUCUCUCCACCUCAGUGGGUCCCUCAUUCCCCUCAUCACCCCAUAUCAGGCUUUGUCUAAUGUCAAAUGAUGAGUUUGAUGAUGAUGAUGAAGCUGUCUGAUGAUCACCAUCACCUAGUACUGGCUGUUUCUUUAUCUUUUUAUGUUGUAAUGAUAUGUGUGUACUAGAAGAAUAAGAUUUGGUGGCUUAUCAGUGAGCCAGCUCUGUGUAAUUGUUGGCUUAGGACGUUAUUACAUAUAUUGUUGUGGAUAGCUUAAUUUGUACUUA